AUGAUCGACGUGUGGCGGGCUACGAGUGCCAAAUAACUGGAAGGCGCACACACGGUACCAUUUCGAAACUCGACAUUUACCCGCGAUCUAGCAGGAUGCGGCAGUCGUUGUACGUUUAACGCGGUAAGCGCGCGCGCCGGUCGUAUAUGUAAUACUUAUCCACGUCUUUGAUUUUGACGCAUUAAACUGGCGCGAUUUCGGUUACCUUUCGACGUUUUAAGAAGCGUUCGUUAUUCAAUUAGAAGGAUGACGACGGAAAUUGAUAAGGACGAGCUGAAAAAACGUUUGACGCCGUUACAGUGGCACGUGACACAAGAAAAAGGAACUGAGAGGCCAUUCACUGGUUGCUACAAUAAAUUUUAUCAAAACGGUACAUACACGUGUAUCGUUUGUGAUCAGGAAUUAUUCUCGUCUGAUACAAAAUAUGACAGUGGAUGCGGUUGGCCUGCAUUUAAUGAAGUUUUAGAUCAAGGACGGAUUAAGUUAACCAAAGAUACAUCUCAUGCCGUCGCAGUAAUAUAUGUGGUGUAGAUGAUAAUUAUUUUUUAUGGAGCUAUAUGAAAAAAUUAUAUAAAAAAGAAGAAAUAUUAUUGUAUAGAAAGAAAAGAAAUAUCAUUGUAUUAUAGAUAGGAUGGUUACAUUUCUAAGAAAUUCAAUUGUUAUUUAACUCUAUUAAUAUUGACCAUAAUUAAAGAUUAGGCAUCUAAAAAAAUUUGAAGGAAUAAAAUUAUAUAUAUAAUACUUUUACUUAUUUUAAAGUUAAUAUUAAAAUUAAUACUUAAUUUAAAUUAAUAUCACAUUCAAUAUAUAGAGUAAUUUCAAAAUUUGAUUCUAAUGAAUAUUUAUGCCAAUAUUGUAUUAAAUAAAUGGUGUGUUUGUUUAGUAUUAUAAUCUGUGAAUGUUAUUACAAUUACUACAGAGGAAACUCAAGGAUAGCUAUGUGCAAGGUAAUUUUGAUAGAUAAAAACAUGUGAAAUAACAAAAAUUAAUUAAUCUAACUGUAAGUCUACUUCUUCGCCACUACUAUUGCUGGGAGGCAUUGAAAGUGUACUCAGAAGGGUGUGGGUCUGCGUUUAAUCACACUCUAUUAUUGUCUUUCCUUUGUCUUCCUACUGCUCCGCUACCACCACUUCACUCUCACCAUUGAAACACGAAAAUCCCGUCACCACACGAC